UGGGUUAUCGCAUCACUUAAUAAGUGUAUGUCAAAGAUUGACAAUAAUAUUUGGUUAACAUCUCCCGAUAAUACUAAUACUGCUGAGGUUGCCCAUGCCUUAAGCAACCGUCGUGGAAAAAUCUCAAACUAG